CACACCUCAUCAAGCCCUACUGAGCUGCUCCGUGUAUCUCCUGGUCUCCUUCCCUCAGACCUCAUCUCUCCGUUAGCUAGCAGACCCAGAGGACGUGUGGACACAGCAGCCCAAUGGAGCAGACAGUGGUGCUGAUCACAGGAUGCUCCUCGGGGAUAGGCCUCAGUCUGGCCGUCCGGCUGGCCUCGGAUCCAGCGAAAAUGUACAAAGUCUAUGCCACCAUGAGGAAUCUUGCCAAGAAGGAGCGUCUGCUGGACUGUGUGAAAGGCCUGCACAAGGACACCCUGGACAUCCUCCAGAUGGACAUCACUGACCAGCAGUCCAUUCUGGAUGCCAGGGACAGGGUCAGGGAGAAGAGGGUGAACAUUCUGGUGUGUAAUGCUGGUGUGGGGUUGAUGGGGCCGCUGGAGGCCCAGUCCCUGGCCACCAUGAGGCGGAUCCUGGAGGUCAACCUCCUGGGCACCAUCAGCACCAUCCAGGCCUUCCUACCAGGGAUGAAGGCCCAGGGCCAUGGACGCGUCCUGGUCACUGGCAGCAUCGGUGGGCUACAGGGACUCCCCUUUAAUGAGGUGUACUGUGCCAGUAAGUUUGCAGUAGAGGGCGCCUGUGAGAGUCUGGCCAUUCUCCUGCAGCACUUCAACAUCCAUGUGAGUCUUAUUGAGUGCGGCCCUGUCAACACGGAUUUCCUGGACAACCUGCAGAGGGCAGAGCCAGGGGACUCUUCGCUGCAGCAGGUCGACGCCCACACACGCAGCCUCUAUGACACGUACCUGCAACACUGUGGGAUGGUGUUCCAGAACGCAGCUCAGGACACAGAGGACAUUGUGAAGGUAUUUCUGGAUGCCAUACAGUCAUCGAACCCUGCAUUCAGAUACUACACCAACAAUGCCCUCAUUCCGCUCAGCAGCCCUAAGAUCUCAGCGCUGGACGGGUCCCAGUACAUCAGAAAUAUGAGCAAGAUCAUCUUCUCAACCAAUGGGAAAGGGGAACAAAAAUAGCCAUCAAACUAUAGAAUAUAAUAUAACCCUUUACUUUAUACAUACAGUACAGUCAACAUUUUUAGAACACCUAUCCAUUCAAGGGUGUGUCUUUAUUUUUACUAUUUUCUACAUUGUAUAAUUAUAGUGAAGACAUCAAAACUAUGAAAUAACACAUAUGGAAUCAUGUAGUAACCAAAAAGGUCUUAAUCAAAUCAAAAUAUAUUUUAUAUUUGAGAUUCUUCAAAGUAGCCACCCUUUGCCUUGAUGGCAGCUUUGCACACUCUUGGCAUUCUCUCAACCAGCUUCAUGAGGAAUGUUUUUCCAACAGUCUUGAAGGUGUUCCCACAUAUGCUGAGCACUUGUUGGCUGCUUUUCCUUCACUCUGCAGUCCAACUCAUCCCAAACCAUCUCAAUUAUGUUGAGAUCGGGUGAUUGUGGAGGCCAGGUCAUUUGAUGCAGCACUCCAUCAUUCAACUUGGUCAAAUAGCCCUUACACAGCCGGAGGUGUGUUUUGGGUCAUAGUUCUGUUGAAAAAUAAAUGAUAGUCCCACUAUGCACAAACCAGAUGGGAUAGUGUAUCGUUGCAGAAUGCUGUGGUAGCCAUGCUGGUUAAGUGUGCCUUGAAUUCUAAAUAAAUCACUGACAGUGUCACCAGCAAAGCACCCCCACACCGUCACACCUCCUCCUCCAUGCUUCACGGUGGGAAUCACACAUGCGGAGAUCAUCCGUUCACCUACUCUGUGUCUCACAAAGACACAGAGGUUGGAACCAAAAAUCUCAAAUUUGGACUCAUCAGACCAAAGGACAGAUUUCCACCAGUCUAAUGUCCAUUGCUCAUGUUUCUUGACCCAAGCAUUAUUAUUGAUGUCCUUUAGCAGGGAUUUUUUUGCAGCAAUUUGACAAUGAUGGCCUGAUUCCUCAUAAGAGCCAGUUGCAUAAUAGCGCUUGAUGGUUUUUGCAAUUGCACUUGAAGAAACUUUCAAAGUUCUUGAAAUUUUCCACAUUAACUGACCUUCAUGUCUUAAAGUAAUGAUGGAUUGUCGUUUCUUUUUGCUUAUUUGAGCAGUUCUUGCCAUAAUAUGGACUUGGUCUUUUACCAAAUAGGGCUAUCUUCUGUAUACCACCUCUACUUUGUCACAACACAACUGAUUGGCUCAAAUGCAAUGUUAACUUUUAACAAGGCAAACCUGUUAAUUGAAGUGCAUUCCAGGUGACUACCCCAUGAAGCUGGUUGAGAGAAUGCCAAGAGCGUGCAAAGCUGUCAUCAAGGCAAAGGGUGGGUAUUUGAAGAAUCUCAAAUAUAAAAUAUAUUUUGAUUUGUUUAACACUUUUAUUGGUUAAUACAUGAUUCCAGAUGUGUUAUUUCAUAGUUUUGAUGUCUUCACUAUUAUUCUACAAUGUAGAAAAUAGUAAAACAUAAAGAAAAACCCUUGAAUGAGAAGGUGUGUGCAAACUUUUGGCUGUACAUAGGUUAUACACAUGAUUUGUAUUGGGAGCCACACACAAGCACAUCAUUUCAGCAAACAACAUGGUUGGCCAAAAUCAUCUUCUUUACACACAAUGUUCAACCACCAACUUCAAGGUGGAGGCUUUGCUAUUAUGUCACAAGUUUUGAUACAUUUGAAGAGUUUAUUUCUAAAACUCUAUAUCCGCCAAUGUUUUUCAUCAGAAAUUAUUGCUAAUGGGUACCUUCAUGUGUGUCCAAGAUGUUACUGUUCUUAGAUUUUAGUGUAUGUGUAUGAAAAUGCGUAUGUUUUUGCAAAACUCUAUAUAUCCAUUGUUUAGCAUGGAAUGAAAUGAUUGUAUCCUGUAUAUUUGACUGUGAUGUGUGGUUGUCUCACCUAGCUAUCUUAAGAUGAAGGCACUUUUACUGUAAGUCGCUCUGGAUAAGAGCAUCUGCUAAAUUAUUCAAAUGUAAAAUAUGUAGAUCUCAUAUUAUUGUAUUGAAUGCUUUUUAAAAUAUAUUUUUUAAAUGUU